CGAUUAUGACAUGACAUACACCACAAGGGGUUUUUGGAUGCUAUAAGAAGAGUGAUCUAAGCUGUUAUCAUGCUUGCUGCUAGAGAUCAGGAGAAUUUGGUGCAUUCUCACCAGACGGCCGCGGCUGCGAAGCCCCUCAACCAGAACAUCCGAUCAUUCGCGCCAAAGACUCCUGGAAAUAAAGUACCCAAGACGCCAUUCAGGAUCACACUCAACGAUGAAAAUAAUCCCUUGACAUUUGGUGGCUUGGGAAAGCAAUCGGUCGCUGGACCUCGGUUUCAAACGCAGAAGGAAAAUGUUAUACGACGGACUGGAAAAGAUGGGGAAGGGGAGAAGGGUGCUUUCGCUACACCGAUGGGUCCUCGCAACCGCGCCCCCUUGGGAAUGAAAACCACGAAUGCAAAGGCCUUUCAGACGCCAGCUCCACAGCUAGGGACCAACAAGCCUGCAAGAACAGGUAAACGAAGCUCGACCGUCCGCAAAUUGAAGCAGUCUGCACCGAAACAAGGGAAUACUCAGAAAACGUCGAGAAACGUGCAGGAUGAAGAAGUUCCUGACAUUGAGUACAUGCCACCGGCGCCGCAACCGCUUCCUGAUCCUCCCGAGGAUAUCCCCUAUGAUACUAGCUUUCCGCAGUUUAAAGGACGAAAUUUUGCUCGAGGGUGGGCAAGGCUGUAUAAUGACGAGUACGAUAUUGGAGAAGAUGGUCUUACCAAGAAGGAGAGGGAGUGGCGAGAGGAACAAGCAGCAUUCGAUAAACGAUUUGACGACCUCAUUUUGCAGCAGGUGCGAGAGAUGGAGUCGCUGAAUAUCAAGGAGUUCCCUGAUGAACCUUGCAUCGAGGAACUUGAAGCCAAAAGGUUGAAAGGCUUAGAAAAGAAAAAAGCGAAUAAACCCAAUAUUAACAGGCAUGUCUCUACUCUGCAAUCGCGUUCCGCGGCCAAGGCGCUCUCGCGGCUGCCUCGACCAGUUGCCCAUCCAAAGACUAGACCUGCUCCCAAGGCGCGGCCAAGAGUGAUUACGGGUUUGACGUCCAAGAGAAAAUCUACCGUCCCACCGAAUCCCUCCUCCAUGAGACACACAGCUGCUGUCGUCACUUCAAGGACGACCCUUGGCUAUGCUAAAGGACGCGGCGUAUCCUCUGCGUUACGGGGUCGAGCAUCCAAGGAAGAAGUGAAGAAAGUGUCGUCGACAAAGAGCAUUAUUUCCCCGGACAAGUACAUGGAACUCUAUGGGCCGCCACCCUUCGGCACGGAAAUGUGGCUGCGAUGCAAAACAGCCGGCCUCUUUGACACUGAGGACGUGGACCAGGCAAUUCUCGAUGAAAUUCCUCCAUCAUUUUACCAGGAGGAUGAGGAGACGGCCAAUUUCCAACUCACAUUGUAGAGGUCUCCAAGGGACCGAGUAUAGUUAUUCUUUGAAGGGCGUUGCUUGGGAAGGCACUUGUCGAGAUUAGAUCUGGGCUAAGUUGGUUUGGGUUUUGGUAAAUUGGUGUGGUUCCAUCGGCUUCAGAAGGUUUCAGUUUCAGGAUGCAACUUGAGGGUGUUCUGGCGGGACUUGAGACGGUCUUCACAGCGGUUGCGCAUUUGUAUCCACUUCCUCGGGGUUCUAUAGUUUGCUUGAAAUGCGUAAAGUAGAAUCCGAGUGAACAAUUACACAUAUUUAACAUCCA